AUGGACGUGUGUGUGCAGCUGGUGGAGUAUCCGGCUGCACUGCUGGGGGCGACCUGGAUGGGUUUUCUGGGUUUUGUUGAUGAUGCUUUGGCUCUACCGUGGCGCUUGAAACUACUGCUGCCAUUGCUUGCAGCAUCUCCAAUAGUUGCUGCUUACAGUGGCAGCACUACCGUUGUGCUACCUUGCCGGGUGUAUACGCUUCUCCGGGACGCGUGGACUGGUGUUGCUGUUGCUGCUGCGCCUGCUGCAGCGAAUGUUGCUGCAGCUGUUGAGCUGCCCAUUAAACAUCUUGUAGGGGCUUUGCUGCUGCUCAUGCAGCAGCUCUGUCAGUGGGAGCUGCAACUGCGGCAGAUCCACUCUAAGUUGCUUUCCUCAAUUCCAGCGGCAGCAGCUGCUGCUGCUGCUUCUGCUGCGAGAUGCGCUUCAUUGGGCCUGCAGCAGCUGUCAGAUCUAUUGCACAACGUCCUUCAUCUUCUACCCUCUGAACCGAAACUUCUGACCAGCAGCAGUAGUGGCAGCUGCAGCAGCGGUUUCUGGGUGCUGGUUGACCAGCAGCACAAAGAGCAAAUGAACAAUGUCUGUAUAAUGUCUUCUAUGAUUUUAGGGAUAAAUGGAUUGGAGGUGGGACAAUCGGUCGUCAUUGCUUCAUUUGUUUGCAUUCACAACGUCAUUGAACUGAGCUCCCACUUCGGCUCGGUGGAUGCAGCCAAGGUGGUAUUGGCGCAGCAGCAUUUUUUCUCCUUAGUUCUUUGCCUGCCAUUCCUCGCCACCUCGCUGGCGCUGCUGAAACAUAACUGGUAUCCAUCGCGCGUCUUCGUAGGAGAUACAUAUACUUGCUUUGCGCUCCUCGGCUUCGUUCCGUGCCCUCGUCAUCGUACUCCCAAGUACAUCCCCGAGUUGGGGCUGUUGGCGCCCUCGCCGAACUUCACGUUGAUAAACCUUGUUUUAUGGAUCUUUGGCCCAAUGACGGAGCAGCGGCUUCUCUGUAUUCUGUUGUUGCUGCAAGCCGCGUGCUGCGCCAUGGGCCUGCUCCUGCGCUACUACGUUUGCACGUUUUUGCUCUUUGCCUGA